UUCCUGUUUUGAGCAGCUGUAAAAUAAAAUAAUUACAACAUUUCCAGAACGAACGUACUUUUUCCACCAGAAGUGGAAACAAUUUACUUUAACUUAAGAUUGAGAAUAUGGCAUCUUUGUUCAAGUCUGCGUUCUGAGGUUCCAUUAUGUACAGAUUUGGAAGCUAUCUUUUUUUAGCAGUUGCACUAUGAAUGCACUUUUUUUCGACCAAUGUAAUGGAGGAUAUUAUAAAAAUGGGUGAAGAAGCUCUUAAAAAGCAGAAGCUAGAACCAGUUAAUAUCCCAGGACAAAAUGAAACUUUUGAUUUCAUGAUUAUUGGAUCUGGAACAGCAGGAAGUGUCUUAGCAAAUAGACUCUCUGAAAAUCCACUUUGGAACGUUUUGUUGGUCGAAUCUGGUGGUACUGAAACUAUUGUGAAUGAAAUUCCAGUAUUGGCAGGUUUCUUACAGUUGACAGAAGCUAACUGGAAAUAUCAGUCAACACCUCAGAAAAAUGCUUGUCUUGGAGUGAAUGAAAACAAGAUGUUUCCUUCCAAGUGGUAAGGGACUCGGUGGUUCAAGUGCAAUCAAUUUCAUGAUCCACAGUCGUGGAAAUCGUAAGGACUUUGAUGAAAUAGCAGCAGCAGGAAAUAGUGAAUGGUCGUAUGAUGAAGUUCUUCCGUAUUUCUUACGAUCUGAGAGAGCAAACUUGUGGGAGUUGAAUAAUUCUCCAUAUCACAAUAACUCAGGUGAACAAAGCGUUGAACACCUUUAAUAUCGAACUGCUAUGGCUGAUUCAUUUGUUAAAGCCUGUGUGGAAUUGGGAUAUCCCGAAGUGGAUUAUAACGGGGAAUUCCAACAUGGGACUGCAUUUGUUUAAUCAAAUAAUUGUGCAAAUUUAUCUCAAUCUAUAAUACCUACGAAUUACGAUCGCUUUUCUCCAAUUAAUCUUUUUUAAUUAUAAAAUGAAUAUUUUGUUUAAGCAAUCACUAAAUUGUUCAGCAAAAUUUCAAUACAAUUUUUAUUCAAUUAUGUAUGUA